AUGAAGACCAUUAGCAUAACUCAAAUGACCUUAUCCGAUCUCAGCUACCCAUCUGGAAACCUAGCCAUCAUCCGAGUGCCCAAUAAGAUAAAUGGCUUCACUUGCAUAGUCCAAGAAGACAUGCCCACUAACCCUGCAAUCCUGGCAGUGCUAGAUUCUUCGGGUCGAAGUUCCUGCUAUCAUCCCAACGGAAAUGUCUGGGUAUACAUCAAUAUCUUGGGCGGUCAAUGUUCAGAUCAAGCUGGCAACAGAGUAAGGGCUUGGAAUUGGUCAAGUUCCGUCACUUCCUCACCCUUCGUUUCAUUUAAACCUGUCUUUCUGGCUUUGAACCGUUAUGUUGGAAUCCGCAUCUUAGAACAAGACAAGAUUUCAAUCACUUUUCUAGCAAUGGGCCAACAGGCAAGAAUCAGUGUCGGAACCAAAGUGAAGAGAGAAGAGGAGGAGGUGUCACCCACGUGUGAAUUCUGUGGGAGCGAUCUAAGAACAUUUCUCUCCAAUGUGGAUCUUUCCUGUGACUACAAUAGCUCUGAACUAGUAGAACAUACCUCCUGUUGUAGUUAUUUCCAAAACCUGAUUGACUACAUCUAUGAGGGAAAACAAAAAAUCCAGAGCUCUAAAGCUGAAUUAAUCUGUAUUGACCCUCAUGCCGCCCACGGCAGUGAAGUCGACAGACUCAAAGCAAAGGAAAAAGCUUUGCGGAGAAAACAGGAGCGACGAAUGGCCAAACACUAUGCAAUAUUAACAAAAGAACAGACUACUUUCUCUGAAGAAGAUGCAAAGCAAUUUAAAACAAUUUCUUAUCAACUUUCCAUGGAUAUUCCAGAAGUAGAGUCAGCUAAGGAAGAACUAACUGAUUAUCAACUAGACAAAAGAAAUAUAUCCAUUGUUUGUUGUGAUUCUAGGAUAGCAUGUGGAAAGAUCAUGACAAAUGAGCUCUUUGAAAAGCACUACAAACAUGGGAGCAAGUUUCUGACUUCAUUUCCAGACGGGACAACACAAAUAUUCUACCCAUCUGGAAACCUAGCCAUCAUCCGAGUGCCCAAUAAGAUAAAUGGCUUCACUUGCAUAGUCCAAGAAGACAUGCCCACUAACCCUGCAAUCCUGGCAGUGCUAGAUUCUUCGGGUCGAAGUUCCUGCUAUCAUCCCAACGGAAAUGUCUGGGUAUACAUCAAUAUCUUGGGCGGUCAAUGUUCAGAUCAAGCUGGCAACAGAGUAAGGGCUUGGAAUUGGUCAAGUUCCGUCACUUCCUCACCCUUCGUUUCAUUUAAACCUGUCUUUCUGGCUUUGAACCGUUAUGUUGGAAUCCGCAUCUUAGAACAAGACAAGAUUUCAAUCACUUUUCUAGCAAUGGGCCAACAGGCAAGAAUCAGUGUCGGAACCAAAGUGAAGCUACCAAACCCUAAAGAGAUUCCAGCACUCCGACACCUGAACGGGGACGACCUUCUUCUGCUGGCCAGUUUAAUAAAGAUCCGACGCCUGUUUCAUAAACUGGAAGGAUGUGUGAAUUUCCCCUCCAGCCAGGUUUGGGAAAAAUUAAAGCAACCUUCCUACCUUUCUUCACUUUCUCUAAAACUAAUUGCCCUUUGUCACAAUUCUGGUAUGAAGCAAGAUACAAUAACAACAAUAGCAGCUUUGAUAAAUGAAAAGAUUUAA